CUGUGCUUUGGAUUAACGUUUCUCUCUGCGAAAAAGUCGUUUUCACAGAUAAUGACGAUGGAAAAUAAGGUUAGAUGUAGCCGUUUCCAUAAAUGUGUCGGUUUUGUAACAUUAAUUUAUUCAUUAUUUUAAAAAAUUAUUGUGAGAACUAAGUGAAAACCGGCAAAAUGUGGUAUUAUAUAGGUUAUGUUUGUCUAUAAGGGCGAUUGUUGUUCGGUUUUGGACGAUGGGAGAAUUUAACAACUUGGCGUUUUGUUUUAUUGCUUCGGUUUUGAUGGUGAAUGCCGUUUUUCCUUAUGAUAAAAUAUAUCUAAUUUAUUGUUCGCGUUAGUGAAUUUUAGCGUAAGUUAGUGUUUGUUUACAUACGAAUAGUUUGUUUACAAUCCGCGAUAAAGAAAAACUUUGUUCCGCACUUCGUUUUCUUUUUGAAUCAGGUAGAGAAAAUGGUUGUGAUGUUCCCUAGUGAGCUGUGAUGUCUAAUCAUUGUCAGUGUAAACAAAAUAUUGUGUUUCUGGUUGUGCUAAGUGAAACUUUGUGGAUUACAGUGUUUUUGGAAUACAAUGCAGAUUUGUUGGAGAAUUCAAGAUAACUGAAAGCAUCCUGAUUUGCCUUUCCCAGCUUGAUGGCAUGACGUAUUAUCAGCGCAGCAUGGAGCAGCACCCGAUAAAAAUGCCAGAGAGGAUAAAACUGGCGGAGAUAAACCCAUAUCUGACGUGUUAUCUCUGUAAGGGAUAUUUAAUAGACGCCACCACGAUAUCGGAGUGUUUACAUUCAUUUUGUAGAAGCUGCAUUAUCAAGUUUCUCCAAGACAACAGCUACUGUCCAAUAUGUGAAGUGAUCAUCAACAAGGCUAAACCUAAUUUAAAAUUGGAUAAAACUCUUCAAGACAUAGUCUAUAAACUCGUACCAGAAUUGUUCUUGAGAGAAAUGACGCGCCGAAAACAGUAUUAUCAAGAAUAUCCUCAAAUAGCAGCAAGAGUUUCUCCUGAAGAACGAGGCGAAGAUACGGAACGCACUAUUUUCAACCCCCAGGAUUGUAUCAGCUUAUCCAUGGAAUAUGUCAGUGCUGACUCGGCUCCCGGAGCUAUCAAGCUGCCCGUUACACGAAAUGGUCUUGAUAAAGCAGAUCAGCUAUCCUUGGAGGAGAGCCAGGCUCUUAUGAAAAGAUAUCUUCAGUGUCCAGGAAUGUGUAGAGUCGAUGUACUUAAGAAAUUUGUGAGAAAUAAGUACAAUGUUGAUACCAGUCAGUUUUACAUUGAUAUCCUGUACAAGCGGGUGCCUUUGCCAGAUCAUUAUACCUUAAUAGAUAUAGCUUAUAUCUAUUCAUGGAAAAGAAAUGAACCGAUGAAGUUCUUUUUCCGGAUUACCGAGUUGAACAAAGUAUCUGAAAGGUUUGAUUACUUUGAUUCGAAAAAUGUGACCGAGUUAUUAGUCAAGGCUCCUGUAAAAUCGAGAAACAACGGUGCAGCGUCUAGAAGAAAGGUCCACAUCAUGAACAAGAAAAAUUCAAAAACCAACAAACAAGCCCAAAUAAAUGGUUGUGAUAAAUUGAAAAGUGAAAAAAUUGAAAAAACCGCUAAAACUUUGAAAGAUAAUAAAACGGGUAGUGAUAACUCGGGAACGUGUGCUAAACCUGUGGAAUGUGAUAAAAUUAGUGAACAGAAAACCGAUGAACAAAAACUGAAUAAUGAUAAAGAAAAUGUGAAAGUUGAAGUAAAGGAAGUAGAGAAAGAAAGUGAACAUCGCGCGGAUACUACAGAAGAAAAUCCAAAAAGAUUUAUUUUAAAAAUAAAGAAAGAUCCCGAAAAAGCUAACACAUUAAAGACUGAGGAUAACUGUGCUACAUUCAAACUAAGUGUUACCAGCCCAGCAGAGUUUAAAGAUAGCAAGAAUCAUUCAACAAAUAGUAUAGUAAAAUCUGCAGAAGUCUCGGGGCAUUUAAAAAAUAACGUUCAAAACCAACAAAAAGAUAUCAAGAAUUCUGUGUAUACGAAUAUUACGCUUAAUCGGACAAAUAAUGUUGAAAUUAUCACACAAGUUCAGAAAGUGACAAACAAAGAAGGUCAAUCAGUAGGAUUUAAUAUAAUAAAACAAACUAUUAAACCGAAUGAACCAAAGCAAAAGAGAAAAUCGGAAGGUGAACGGUCACCUAUCAAAACAAAAACUAAAGCAGCUACUGUCCAAAACAGCCAAUCAGAAAUUUUGUCAAAAAAUAUAUGUGACAAAAUCGAAUCUCCCACGUUGGAAGCGAAACAAAGUAUACAAGAAGUACAACCUGAACAUGCUAGUAUUAAGCAUGAUGAUAAAGCUAAAUUUUUUGAAGCCAUACAGCUUAUUGCUACGAAUUCUCCUGAAACUAAGGUAAGGGAUACUAUUAAAGAAGAAUCUCCAAAACGGAAAACAAUUAGUCCUACAAAAAGAGAAUCUCCUAAAAAAACUAAAGUAGAAAAGAAGCCUGUUACACGGAUUAUACUACAGACUAAACCAAAACCAUCACCAAUUUCGAAACCAUCCGCAGUCUCCAAACCAUCCGAGAAAUUAUCAACGCCAGGUCUUCAGUCGUUAAUUGAAAAUUGUAAAAUACCCUCCUCAUUAUCCAUAACACUAAAAGACAGUACUGAAAAUAGCAAACCUACUACAUUGCUUCCCCCUGUAAAUAAUUAUAUCGAAAUUUUAAAAUUACCUGAUGAAAAUAAAUCCUCAAAUUCGGACAAAGAUGGUAACAAAAGCAGUAAACUCAGUUUUAGCUUCUGUUUGAAUGACGAUAGUGAACAAAAGGUAGACGAAGAUUUAGCAGAGAUAGCAAAAAGUCUUACCGAAAAAAUUCCUAUGUCCACCACCAUCUCCCAAAUAAUCGGACCCAAACCAGAUUUUCCAAUUCCCGUUAAAACUAACGUACCACUUAAAUACAAUAUUCAGCCAUCCUCCGUACCUGAAAUUACGAACAAGCUUCUUAACGUGCCAAAAGAUAAUAAACUUAAUCCAAGGUCCCCCCAGUCAUUCCAGAAGAUAUUCGAAGAAUCCAUUAAAAAACCUGAUACUACAAGUGCGGUUCCCGAAAAAGCUGUGCAAAAAUCUUUAAUAGACUCAACCAACGAAGUGUCUAGUACUUCAAGCAGUAAGCGGAAUGUGUCGGACAUAGCCUCGCAGUUGCACAAAAAGAUAAAACUAGAACACGAAAAGAAUCAAAUAGAUUCUACGACUCCUAAACCAUUACCCAAAGUAGCUAUUCCUCGAUUGCAUAAUAAUAAGCUGCCGCAGCAAACAUUAACUAAUAUGCACUCGAACGCUUUGGGACUCAAUUACACUAUUUCAGUAGGAUCUAAUGUAGGUCCCAAAACGAAUGGUAUUACCUCAAAAAAAGAUGUAGAUAUUCCCAUUAAAUCCGCAUCAGUCGACUUAAAACCUACUUCUUAUUCAUCCCCUCCGGAACUAUCACCUAAACCUAGUGCUAUACCUAGAAAUCUUUCUCCAUGUUUAGGUUUUAGUUCGCCCAGAAACUCUCCUAAGCAUUCACCAAAAUCCUCUCCCAUGGUUAAGCACAUGUACGCUCCUCUACCGAGUUUAAUGAUGGAUCAAUUGAGAGUGAACACAUAUUCACCAAAAUUACCAUCACCGAGUACUUACAGUAAAAAUGUAUCUCCCAAUUUGCCUAGUUCUUCAACGAGUUCUCAAAGUCCUAACAGUUCAAGUGUGUCACCGAAAGCACCUCCUGUCACUUCCAGUCUCACAAUCAGCACAUCUCAGGUUACAGUUCCUUCAAAAGUUAGUCCAAAACCUAGUUCUAGUAGUCAAAGUUCUCCCCUAAGUCCUAAUCAACUAUUGGAAAAGUACAAUAUCCAGAAUUUGGCUCAACUCACUGCUAGUUUAAAUUUUAACCCAGCCAACUUCAACAUGAAUCCUAGUAAUCAGUUGGCAGCUCUCCAACAUGCAAUGCUAUUAAAACAUUUCGAAAUGCAAAAUAGACAGAAUUGGUUAAAUAUGAGCCAGGGUUCUGCGCACCAAUAUGAAAAUUAUUUGCAGCACCUGCAAAAACUGAAAAAUUCCCAAAGUCAACUUCUUAGUAAUAUAAAAGAAAAUUAAUAAUGUUACAUACGUAAAAAGAUUUUUAUUCUGUUAUUUCUAGGCACUAUUUAUUAUGUUCCGAUUUCAUUUAUGAUUUAGCUAGUUGGAUUCCCGAAAAUAAGAGCGUUUUGAACAUUGUGCAUAGUUAAUUUUUUAAUAGUUUUUUACGAGAUGUAGAAUUACAGACUUGUUUAUUUUCUAUGAUAAGAAAUCUUUGCAGCUGUUCAAUCAUCAUCACAAGAGAACGGAAAUAGAUUUACACAUAAUUUAUUUGCCAGGUUGUAGAUAUUGUCGUUAAAUUGAAGUAUUUCAUUUGUAAUAUUUACAUUUAAUGAAUUCAUUCAAAAAAAUACCGUUUUUCUAAUAUCUUGUAUCCUGUGUUUGUAUUCUUCGUAUGUUAUAAAAUACAUGAAAUAUAAUUGAUCGGUAUACGAGGGUUGUUCAAAUGAAAAGGUACGAAACAAUAUAGUAGCAACGUACCCGCAAACGUAUUUGCCUAUGCCACUAUGGGAUAACAUAGUGAGACAUCCAGGGAUGCAAAUGUAGUCUUCGGCUUCGAUCGGGACAUGCCCGGGCUCCCGCAUGCUUAGGAGAGAGUACAGACUCUCAUAAAAUCGCCGUCCAAUUGACGGCAGGCGGCAGUUCGUGUGAGGACAUCAUGGCGUUCAGAUUGCAAAAAAUUCGACGAUUGAGGAGCAAUAAGGCGUUAUCAGGUUUCUGACGGUAAAAGGUGUUAAACCGACCGCUAUUCAUCGCCGGAUGCAAAAAAUGUCCAUCAAGAGCAAAAUAGCGGGGCUGCUCACGAAGGGUGUGGUUCUGUUCCACGAUAACUUGCCUCCAGGGUCACACAAGCUAGAAUGGCCAAUUUCAAGUGGGAGCAGCUUGACCAUGCACCCUACAGCCCGGACAUGUCGCCCUGCUAUUUCCAUGUACAUAUUUCAUUUCACCAAUUCUAGAUCCUCCCCCCUAACGGUAUAUUUUACCUUGCGCUAUAACCUGUGGUGUAGAAUAUAUAGAGUUUCACGAUAUUCGAUAAAAAUAUCAAUAUUGUAUUGAUAUCGUAUCGAAAAUCAAUACAAUACCGAUACAAUACAUCCUUAGCAAUAUUAAUGUCAAUACGAUACUCAUUAUCUGAAAUCAAUACAAUACUCUUGUAUUGUCGAUACGCUUGCCUCGAUAUUAUUGAAAAUAUCGAUAUCGAGAAAAAAAAAUAAAACGUCACAGUUGUUUGAUUAUAUUUUGUGAAAUAGGUAUUUAGAUCAUAAUUAUUUAUUACAUAAAAGUAUAAGUGAUCUGCAACCCAAGCAUCAGCUGUUAUAAUAUUUUACACUUGAGUGCAUGAACUUGAAAUUCUUGAGAGUGAGUAAAUAUCUGUUAUGAUUACACUGUUUAUAUCAUGUGGCAUUUGUGACAAUAUUAUGGAAGUAAGUGAUGAUGACUCAAAAAUAAUUUUUAACAAAUACUGAAUUGCGAUUUAUUCCGAAUCUCCGGGGAUUUCCCUAUAUUUUCAAAAGUAGUUUUUAAACAACUCAGAAUUAGUAUCUAGUAUUUGUCGACUUUCAAAGAAGCAUUCAGUUAUAUUCAAUCUUUAUAAGAAUAUACAUAUAAGCUAUAAGCAAUAUUCGUAAUAUUUUUAGAAUAAUGUCCAUUUGCCAAGCAUGCAAAAGUGGGCAUAAAGGGCCUACACAGCUCAGAUGUAUAAUCCUUUUUAUGUCGAUAUUUUAUCGAGUAUUGUAUCGAUAUCGUAUCGAAAUCAAUAUCAAUCGGCAAUACUUUCUUAAAAAAAUAUCGAUACUCGAUACGAUACUUCAUUGGCAUAACCAAUACAAUACUCAAUACUUAAAAAGUAUCGAUAUUGUAUCGUAUCGUGAAGCUCUAAGAAUAUAGAUCUCCCAAGAAUUGGUCUAAAUAUGAUAUUUUUAUUGUUAACUACUCUUCCCAGUAUGUCUUCGUUGGUGAUAUGCUCCAUCCAUGAAUUUUUAAGUAAUUUGCAGAGCCUCCACAUCACGAAUGGUUUAUAGGUCUGGAUCCCGCGUAUGAAAAAAAAGUUG